GGGCUCCCUGAGAUCCCUCUAUGCGGCAGGAGAGCGCUUGGUUUGCACCCACCUAAAGAACACUCUCCCAAGACAAAAGGAAGCACAGCAAGCAGAACAAAAGGGUCCUGCUGAAACGGAGAUGGCGACUCCGAAUACGGAUCAAAUCACUUCUGGUGUACUUGGGCAUCUAGCCUUUUUCUCCCCCCAUCUCUCAACUCCUUGUUACUCUCUGCCAGAGUUGUUGGUGUCGCUUGUCGCCUCCCAUCCCGACUGCUGGAAGCUUUCCAGUUCCAUCGGAGGCGUAUAUUGUCUGCUUUGCUAUAGUGUGGGGCUGGGGCUAGGGGAACGAAGCCUGCGAUCCUGAACAGAGGUGCUGAGAAGUAUGCUGCCCUUCAACUUAGUGGGACUUAUUCUCGAACUUGCAACCAGCAUAAUGUUGGCACUCCAAAUGUUCGACAAGUAUUGCACAGAAUGGCGCAGACAGAAAUUAACCUGGACCAUGACAUACCACUAUUGUCCCUUCCACCAUACUGGGCUAAAACAGUUGUGGGUCUCCUUUCCUUCCUCUGCUUUGCUAACAGCUAUGAUGGGGACUUUGUCUUUGAUGACUCUGAAGCUAUAAUCAAUAAUAAGGACCUCAGGGCAGAAACCCCACUUGGUGAUCUGUGGCAUCAUGACUUUUGGGGAAGCAAACUCAGUAGCAAUACCAGCCACAAAUCCUAUCGACCACUUACUGUAUUUACUUUCAGGAUUAAUUAUCUUUUAGCCGGAGGCUUCAACCCAUUGGGCUUUCAUGUCAUCAAUAUAAUACUCCAUUGUGCCAUCUCUGUCUUAAUUGUUGAUGUCUUCUCAAUAUUAUUGGGUGGGCUGCAAUACACCAGUAAAGGAAGGAGACUAAACUUUGUCCCCAAAUCGUCACUGCUAGCUGCUUUGCUCUUUGCUGUACAUCCAGUGCACACUGAAUGUAUUGCGGGGAUUGUUGGCAGAGCAGAUCUGUUGUGCGCCUUGUUCUUUUUGUUGUCUUUCCUUGGCUACUGCAAGGCAUUUAGAGAGAAUAAAGAAGGAACACAGUUUUCUACAGCCUGGGUCUUGCUGAGUGUUUUCCUGGGUGCUCUGGCCAUGCUGUGCAAAGAACAAGGAAUUACGAUACUGGGUUUGAAUGCUCUCUUUGAUGCUGUGGUAAUGAACAAGCUCAAUAUAUUGGAUGUUGUUUUGAAGAUACUACAUAAAGACAAGUCACUGGAGAGCCUAGUGGUGUUUAGAAAAGGACUUCUGUUUCGGGUAACUCUUCUGCUGUCUGGAGGAGCUGCCAUGCUGUAUGUACGCUGGCGAAUCAUGGGCACCGGACCACCAGCUUUUACUGAAGUGGAUAACCCAGCUUCAUUUGCAGAUAGUAUGUUUGUGAGGGCUAUAAACUAUAAUUACUACUAUUCGUUGAAUGCAUGGUUGCUGCUGUGUCCCUGGUGGCUGUGUUUUGAUUGGUCAAUGGGCUGCGUGCCCCUUAUUAAAUCAGUCAGUGACUGGAGAAUAAUUGCACUAGCAGUUCUUUGGUUCUGCCUAAUUGCUCUGAUAUGCCAAGCCUUGUGCUCAGAAGACAGCCAGAAGAGAAGAAUCCUGACACUGGGAUUGGGAUUUCUCAUUAUUCCUUUUCUUCCGGCAAGUAACCUCUUCUUUCGAGUAGGAUUUGUUGUUGCAGAAAGAGUAACCUACCUCCCCAGUAUUGGCUAUUGCAUGCUGAUUACGUAUGGAUUCAGUCUAUUGAGCAAACAAGCUAAGAAAAAGAAAUUGCUUGUUGCUGCUCUGCUUGGCCUCUUGUUGAUCAACAUCUGGCGUUGUAUUAUCCGCAGUAACCAGUGGAGAUCUGAAGAACAACUUUUUCGGAGUGCUUUGUCUGUAUGUCCACUGAAUGCCAAAGUUCAUUAUAAUGUUGGCAAAAACUUGGCUGAUAAAGGCAACCAAACUGCUGCAAUUAACUAUUACAGGGAGGCUGUAAGACUGAAUCCUAAAUAUGUGCAUGCUAUGAACAACCUGGGAAACAUCUUGAAAGAAAGGAAUGAACUCCAUGAAGCUGAAGAGCUUCUCUCGCUAGCUGUACAAAUACAGCCUGAUUUUGCUGCGGCAUGGAUGAACCUAGGAAUAGUGCAGAAUAGCUUAAGAAGAUAUGAAGAAGCAGAACAAAGUUAUUGGACUGCAAUUAGGUACAGGAAAAAAUACCCAGAUUGUUACUAUAAUUUAGGACGCCUGUAUGCUGAUCUCAAUCGUCACAUAGAUGCACUGAAUGCCUGGAGAAAUGCCACCGUUCUGAAACCACACCACAGUUUGGCUUGGAACAACAUGAUUAUAUUGCUUGAUAAUACAGGUAACCUGGCACAAGCAGAAGCUGUUGGAAGAGAGGCUUUGGAGUUGAUACCUAAUGACCAUUCUCUUAUGUUUUCAUUGGCAAAUGUACUGGGUAAAUCACAGAAAUAUAAGGAAUCUGAAGCUUUGUUCCACAAGGCAAUUAAAGCCAAUCCAAAUGCAGCCAGUUACCAUGGUAAUUUGGCUGUGCUGUACCAUCGCUGGGGAAAUCUUGACUUAGCCAAGAAACACUAUGAAGUCUCUCUGAAGCUUGACCCCACAGCAUCUGGGACCAAGGAAAACUAUAGUCUCUUAAAAAGAAAACUGGACCAACUGCAAAAAAAGGGUGAUAUCUGAGAUUUCUUCUCAGGCUUUGAAUGCAUACUGCAUACCGUUUGGUAACAUGGCUACUAAUCACCAGAGGGGAAGCAUUCAUUCACACUGUCAUUGAAACGAAACAAAACCAAACCAAUAAUUAUAGCACCAGCAAUGGACUCUUGAAUGUUUCAUGAAGUCUAGUAUCAGAAAUUUAUAUGUAUUUUUUAAACCACCAUUGCAAAGUUUUCAUUUGGGUAACUAAAAAGUGUGUUUCUGCUUUCUAUUGUGUUGAACCCCUCUUCACAUCCAUUUAAUAUUUAUAGUCGUCAUCCAGAGCACCUGAACUGGUAAGGGUCAUACUGAAAUGAAGGUUUUCCCCAGAAUGGGACACAUUAAAGAUGUGUCCAUCAAUGUAGUAUGUCAAAUAAUUCAGAGAUGCAACUGAACAGUAGUAACUUGAUUUCGCAUACAUUUUACUCUGAGUUAGACAGAGGAAUUCUACGUAGUGUGAAUAUGAAAUGUCAUUAUUACAGGGCCACAUCAACGACAAAUGUUGGUUUAUACAUCUGUGCAGAGGCAUUGAGGGUAUGUGUAUGUUUUGUUCCAGUGGGCUAUUUUUCUUUACUCUGGUUGAGUAUUUGUAAAGUUUGUAUACCUAAUGAGUGACCGAGAUACCUUCCACAUCAGAUUCCAUUAAAAAUUCCACAUUCCAUUAAAAUUCUUUAUAGAUUCAUAGUCAACCCUCGUUGCUUCUGUGUAGCUUAAAGAUAGUGAGUUGGAUGGUCAAAAGGAGGGCUUGAUAUCAAAGCAGUAUGGCCAUGCUGUCACCUGGCAAAAGUACCUUAAAAUGGUAACUUUCCAUCUGGAAUUUUCCCCAGAAUACUGAGUUAUUCAACUAGGCAGUGAUUAUUGCAUUUUAAUCAAUGUUACUUUUUGCUUUAUCAUGUUGGUGAUUGCUUUUGCAUGAUGUGGAGCAAGAGAGAAGUCUUUUUACUUCUCUAACAACACUAGAACUAAGGGUCAGCCUAGGAAAUUUAGGAUUUACAGAAGGAAGUAUAUUUUUUUCACCUUUUCAUUAAUUAUGAAAUUAUCUGCCAUGGGAUGUGGUGAUGGCCUGGAUGGUUUUUAGGGGAUUUAGACAAAUUCUUGGAGGCCAAGUCUAUCAGUGGCUACUAGUCUUGAUGGCUAUAGGCUACCUUCAGGGGCAGGAGGCCUCUGAAAACUAGCUACAGUGGCAGAAGGGGCAUGCCUUUGUAUGCUUGUGGACUUCCUGGAGGCUACUGUGGGAAACAGGAUGCUGGACUAGAUAGGUCUUGACCCUGAUCCAGCAAGGCUGCUUGUAUGUUCCUAUGUAAGUGCUGGCUGCUUAAAUCCAUGUGGCAUGUUGCGGGGUGGGGGGGUGUCCUUGAGUCUCCCUUUCAUCUUGAAAUGGGUGGUGUAAAUGAUAGUUAAUAUCAAAAUUCCGUGGUCUGCUUAAGAUGCUUAAAAAACCUUUCAUGCAGAACAUCAUUGAGGUUGGAUGCAGCUGUGUAGCAGAAAUAAUGUCUGACAUCUAUUCUGGGCCAUUGUGACCGAGAAUAGCCAGCAAAAGGAUAUGGCUGCAGGACUGGGGUGUAUAACUUUUAAAAAGAUCUAAUCUUUAAAUAUGUUUUUAAAGGUGCAUCGUUACCUCAAAUUCCAUAUAGUUUUAGCUGUUGUAAUACAAUAUGUUAUAUUGCUCCUGCCCACAUUCAUUCAUUCAUUCGAUUUCUAUACCGCCCUUCCAAAAAAUGGCUCAGGGCAGUUUACAUAGAGAAAUAAUAAAUAAAUAAGAUGGAUCCCUGUCCCCAAAGGGCUCACAAUCUAAAAAAAACCAGUAUAUUAAUGAAAGAAUAUUAAGACUUCACUAAAAGUUGGAGGUUGUGUAUAUAAAUGCACAAUUGAGGGGGGAAAGGGGUUCAAACUAUGGAUAGAAAUUAUUUCCACAGAUUGUGUAAGGUAUCUAAGUAUUUGGUUCAACAACUUUCCGUAAUAUGAAUAACGUCCAGGCCAUCUCCCCCCCCCCCCGCAAAUGGGGCUUUAUAUAUAAAAGACUUUGGAAUUUUGAAGAUACUGUACCAUUUCUAGCAAACAGUUUUUAAAAUAGUUGCUUCAUAUUUGAAUACAGUUGAUGUCUGAUGUAAUUAACUGCCACCUUCAUGUGUCUGCAUAGAUUUAUCCCUGUUGACCUGCACUGUUUCUUCUGUAUUAACGCAGUGGAUCAGUAUGUAGGGCAUGAAACUAUAAAGCAAAGAUUUAAACUUGCCUGUACUCUUGCAUUUGUAGUUCACAUUAUUUUAAUAUGCCAGAAACAUUUGGCUUUCUUGUUUUUUAAAGCAUUUGUGAAGUAGAUCAGCAUGUUCAAGACUUUAAUUAUUAGCAGUCCAAUCUUAUGCAUGCUUAUUCAAAAGUAAAUCCCACUGAAUUCAGUAGGAUCUAGUGGGCAAAGAGCCUACUGAAGGAAGUGGCUUAAGACUGCUGCCUCAACACUCAAGUUUCUUGAAAUUAUUUAUCUCCCCUCUACCAGCACUAUCACAUGAAUGCAGCAAUAUUUGAAUAUGUUGACUAGGCAAAAGUCUUGAUGGCAGCCAUGGAUAAGAUUGACUACAGACUAUUUCACACGAGAGACAAACCCUAGAUUUGCCAGAGUAUAAAUUCAACAGGGAGUUGCAAGCAAUGGAACCUAUAUGAUAGCAGUAUUUACAAAUACCUGUUUUAGCUGCAUUCAUACUUUACAUGUUUAGAUGUACUCUUAGACUGCAAACAUAAUAAAUAUCUCCUCCAAAGAAAAAAUAAUGGGCUGCUUUGAUGGGAAAAUCCCUGCUAUAAGAGUAGACUUCCACUUGCACAACGUUGGAUCCAAUCCAGUGAAUAAACCAGUUGAUGCAGAAUGAUCUGCCUUUCAGAUGUUUAGAUUCCUUAAUAAAAGAAUUCUUACUAAGGCUACAGUAUGCAUACUAGGCACUGUUCCCUCUAAGACGUGUGAGCACUCACAAGUUUUUUGGAUGUCCGCUCAGUUCAUUUUAGAUCCCACUCAGGCUGAAUCAGGAAGGUCCCACUGUGAAUGCAGGUAUGCACACACUGCCUUGAUAUUGCCACCCAGAACAAAACUCAUUCUGCACAGAGAUGAGAAAAAUUAGAGGGACCACUGGAUAAGUGUAUAUCUAAACCAAUUUGCUUGAAUAAAACCCAAAAUGGUCAUGUGAAUCCAUCUUGACACAAUCUGAUCCCUUAAAACAAAUUCAAUUCAAGUUAUAUGUUGGAUCAGGUUCACUAAGAAUCUUUCUUGUUUGGAAAUAUAGGAAUUGGCCUUUGGAAAAUCGAGCACAAAUUCUGAGUGUUGAGCUUUUUUGAAAAUCUGGUCUUAAAAUAAGCAUCAGCACUUUUUAUUUCUGAAAAGGCUGUCUCUUAAAUCUACCUACAUUGAUUGUAGAGAAGACUGUUAGAUACUUCAAUAUGAGCAACUUUCAAUUAUGUAAAGUUUGUUAUAAACAUCUACAUUUUUGUAAGAAAACAGAAGGGUAGACCUUUAUAAAGGAGAACAGAUUAUAUUGUUUUAGAACAUAUUACGAUAUUUGUAGUCUAUUUGAUGUCUGUCUAAUGUCUGAUAUUGUUUAUUCAGGGCCUGUUAAACUGUGUUUGUGUAAUAAAAGGCAUGAGGACUUUGGAAACCA